AUGGAUGGAUGGCCAAUCGCGUUGCAACGCUGUCCGCGAACCAGCCAAUUGCAUCGAGGCCGCGUAGUAAAUUCGAAUGGAAACUCACCGCUUCACAUUCCGCGCAGAGUAACGAGGCUCCAAAUUCAAAUCAACGCAGCCGCACGGAGGCGACGAGCGCGAGGGGCGGAGUUUCCCCGGCGUGAGCGGGGGACGCGCGGCAGGGUUGCCCCGGAGAGAGGAAGGCGCUCCAGUUCCGGGUCAGGCCCUUCCCCGCCUCCCUUGGCCGGAACGGCCUCAGCCAUGGCGAGUAGUAGCGGCGCCGGGGCGGCGGCGGUAGCUGCAGCGAAUCUGAGUGCGGUGAGGGAGACCAUGGACGGUGAGUCCCGUUACCCUCCCUUUACCUGGCCUCCGCUUCCAAAACAAGGCCCACGGGCGAGGGGAAGACUUCACGAUUUCCUGCCUCAAACGGCUUCUUUGAAGAUGCCCUUCUCGAGCCGCAUUCUCGCCGCGUCUUUCCGCGUGGGCCCCUGCGUGCCCAGGUACCCCGGACGCAUCCACCCGGCGCCCCCGACACCCCUUCCACUCCUCCCGAAGGCUGGAACCCUCCCUCAUCCUAUCCAGCGCGCCCAUUGCGGACGGGGAGCACGGGAGCGCACACACAGCAGGGAGCGUGUAUCAAUUCGGUCACUGUUUUGUGUCUUAAGUGGACGCUCUGUAAACACCCGUCAUCAGAAAUGGCUAGGUUUUGACUUGGAGCGGAUGACAGUAGUGUCCAGGUGUGGCAACUCGCCAGGCAUAACGCACGAAGCACCUGGGUUUCUACUUGAGAUUUCAAGAAUUUUAAAUACUGGAUUAGAUAUGGAAACUCUGUCUAUAUGUGUACGGCUUUGUGAACAAGGAAUUAACCCAGAAGCUUUGUCAUCAGUUAUUAAGGAACUUCGCAAGGCCACUGAAGCAUUAAAGGUUAGAGACUUACGUUAA